CAGAAUUUACGCGCAGACAGUUUACCAAGCAUGGACGCGUUCGCUCUGUGAGAACUUUGCCAUCGUGUUAGUCCAGUAUCAGGUGCUUUCUAGCGGGCUAUAGCAAGGAGGAAACACACUCUGGAUCUAUCUAUCACAGACCACAGGCCACCAGUUUUUAUUUUUCUGUCUUCUGAUAAAGUUCACGUCAAUGUCUACCCGAGCACUCAGGGAGAUCCUGCAAAGGGCAGGAAAUGACACCUGUGCAGACUGUGGGGCUCCAGAUCCUGACUGGGGCUCGACCUCAUUGGGGGUGUUCAUCUGCCUGGCCUGUUCCGGCAUCCACCGUAACAUUCCUGACAUCAGCAAAGUUAAAUCAUUGAGUCUUUCCCACUGGGAGGACCACGAAGUCCAGUUUAUGGCAGAGAACGGAAAUGAGCGGAUGAAGAGCAAAUACGAGGCUGCCGUUCCCUUCUACUACUAUAAGCCGUCGCACAAAGACUGCCAGGUGUUGAAAGAGCAGUGGAUACGAGCAAAGUACGAGCGCAAUGAAUUCAGCGAGCCUGGAAAAACGUUUACGUACGAGGAAGCCACCAGGGAUGGCACCUUGAUGAAAAUGGGGCGGGACAACGGGCAGUUCCUUACCAGGCGUUUCGUCCUCUCCGAGCGUGAGGGCACGCUCAAGUACUUCACCAAAUAUGAUGCCAAGGAGCCCAAAGCGGUGAUAAAGGUGGACAGCAUCAAUGCAACCUUCCAGCCUGAGAAGAUUGGACACCCUAACGGCUUGCAGAUCACAUACCUCAAAGACUAUAGCACCCGCAACAUCUUCCUUUACCACGACAGCGGCAAGGAGAUUGUCGAUUGGUUCAAUUCUAUCCGAGCUGCUCAGCUUCACUAUAUGAAGGUGGCCUUUCCUGGAGCCACAGAUGCUGAGCUGGUUCCCAAACUCACCCGCAACUUCCUGAAGGAGGGCUACAUGGAGAAAACAGGUCCCAGGCAAACUGAAGGCUUCAAGAAGCGAUGGUUUACUUUGGACCAAAGACGACUCAUGUACUUUAAAGACCCUCUGGAUGCCUUCGCCAAGGGCGAGGUAUUUUUGGGCAGCAAGGAGCACUACAGCGCGUCACCCGGUCUGCCCGCCGGCACCUACUGCAACGGCGCAUGGCAGCAUGGCAUCACCAUUGUCACACCUGACCGCUGCUUCCUAUUUACGUGUGAGACGGAGACAGAGCAGCAAGACUGGCUCAAGCUCUUCAAUGACGUCAUGAAUGCGCAAAUGUCUCCACAGGAAUACACCAUGGAGGCAUUGUUCAAGCACAGACACUGACCCAAAGCUCACCAAACAACAAAGAAAAAAGAGGACUGAGGAGAACAGGCAACAAGUGGUACAUCAUUUCAUCAUUUAGUAGUCUAACAGCGCCAUCCAAUGGUUAUUUUUUUCUGUAAUUUCUGAACUCCAGCAAUCUACCAUCUAGAUUUUGGGAGGUUUUUUUUAGAUCAGGGUUUCAUAACCUUUUUGACCUUCCAGCUCCUAUUUUUUAGUGCUCCAAAGUUGCCAACAUCAGUUCAAAUCAUUAGUUGUGUAGACUUUCAUUACAUUUGUAUUCCAAAACUAAAUCAAAUCCUUCCAAGUUAAACAAAAAAUCAAAAGUACAUAAUACUUAAUACAGUGAAUAAUAAUAUGAUAAGGUGAUCAUUUAUAUGCAUGCAAAGUAAUAAUUGCAUAGUAAUAAUUAUUAUCAUUAUUAUUAUUAGUCGUAGUAGUAAUAAUAGUAAACCCCGCACAUUGUGCAAGAGUUCAAUCACGUACUGCUACAUCGAUAAGUGUGCAGCAAGAAGUACCAAUACACGCCAAGCUCAUAGCCCUUUCAGCCCAUUAACUAAACUGAAAUUAUUUUGUGGCCUACUAGAUGGCAAUCACGUCCUAAGCAAUCAAAAAUCACAUUCCUGCAGUUAAGACUCAGUGCUUCUCAAUUACAGUAUUUCUAUUACGCCCCCCCCCCCCCCCCCCAGGAUGACGUAAAUGUUUCACAUCCCCCAUCUCUCUGCCAAAACUGUAAAUGUGUCUUUAAAAUUAUCAUAAACACAACUUUCUGCUUAACAUUGUGUGUUUGUUAACAUUAAAGGGAAAAAAAAGUAAUAUAGAUCAAUACAGUAUAACUUUAUAACUGUUUUUUUCCCAGAAAAGACAAUGCACAUCAAUUUGCCUAAAUAAAAAAAAAAAAAGUCACAUUAUAUAUGUAAACUUACACUCAAGGUACAUUUUUUGACCAUUUGAUACUGAAAAAUAAAAUUUAAUAAAAUCAAUAAAUAAUUAUAAAUUCAAAUUGAUUGGCAACAUUAACACAGAGUACACUGUAAUUAUAGAACAAAAACGACAGUGUCAUUAGACAGAGGGACUGUUUUUAUUUUUGCUGCAGGCAGUAUCAGCUCCUUUGCUAUGAUGUAGUAGGGUUAUUUUUCACUGAGCAACUUCAUGUGCCACCUUUGACGAUGCUAACUGUGUUCACUGGUUUACUGAUAUGACACUCACUAAGUGGGACGAGUAAUGGCAAUAUUCAGCACGUUUUCGCGUAAAAAAAAAUUAAGCGGCUUAUUAAUCUGAUUGGAGUCAAAUGUCUUUAAGUGGUGUUUUAAUUGAUUUGGCUUCAUGUUGUCUCCCACUGUAUUAAAAGUGAAGCCAUACGUUACAUACGCUUCAUCAUAUUUCCUCGUCUUAGCUCUUCAUAUCUUAGUGCUCGUUGUUGUGUGCUCUUGUUUGGUUCAAAAAUACUGCGGUCACUCUGAAAAUGAGAGUGCCACUGCCACCCACUGAGUGGAUGUGAAAUUACUCUUAAUUGUAGUACGGCAAAAAAGUAUGUUCGCCGAGGUCACAUGCUCCCCAACCCCCCAACAUCACUUUGCACGCCCCACUAUUUGAGAAGUACUGAGUUAAGUGAAAUCCAUGACACAGGUGUACGCUGCUUAAAUACACCAUUCAAUUUUAAAUAUCUUUUAAACUUUUUUAAAAUUGUCAAAACUAAAUGCAGUACAUAUAUUAUGUUGAGUGAGACCAAGUACAAUAGAUGAUACAAAACAUUAAACGAACUGAAGUGAAAAAUCUGUGACAUAGAACCACCAUCUUGAAUAUGUUUGGUGCGUGUGUUUAUAUUUUCUGGAGUGGCUUACUUUUUCUUUUACAACACUCAAGACAAAACAUGGUUAAUGCCCAAUAAAGUUAUUUGAC